AUGGCGCCUCUCGAACCUUUUCCUAUUAACUCUUCAAUGGAACCUAAUGAUGAGAUUUAUAUUGAAGGCGAAGUAAAACCUUUAAUAUAUAAUAAAAAAAAACCCGAUGAUGGACUUAUCUUUUUAAAGGAUGCGGUCCCUUCGAUCACAGAAAUAAAGAAAAACAUUCCUGGAAAAUAUUUUAGUCCUUCAAUCAAAACAUCAUUUAAAUAUGUUGCUUGGGAUUUAAUGAUUAUUGCUAUAACAUUUUUUGCUUAUAUUAUACUUGAUUCCAUUAUAUCUAUCCCUUCGAUUGUCAAAACCUUUGCUAUACUUCCCUCUUACGCAUUUAUUCAAGGCACUAUGUUUUGGGCUAUUUUUGUGUUGGGUCAUGAUUGUGGUCAUGGUAGUUUUAGUCGUUACCCUUGGCUCAAUGAUAUCGUCGGAACAUUUCUUCAUACUUUGAUCCUUGUUCCUUAUACUCCUUGGAAAAUAAGUCAUCGUCAUCAUCACAAAAACACUGGCAAUAUUGAUAAAGAUGAAGUAUUUUUUCCACUAAGAAAAUCUGAAGCUCUUAUCAUGAAUAAGGGUGUUAAAGACACAAAGCUCAUCCCUUAUUUUGGAUUCGGUAUCGGUUGGGUCAUUUACUUGAUUAUCGGAUAUGGAACAAGAGCAACAUCUCACAUAAAUCCAUUCGCCCCUCUAUAUACUAAACAUCGCGCUGGCGCUAUCACUUCAAUCACUUGUGUGCUUUUGGCUCUGCUUAGCCUCCAUAACAUCUCAAUUCAUUACGGCAUUUUGUCCAUAAUAAAAUACUAUUUCCUUCCAUGGAUAAUCUUUGCUUCCUGGUUAGUGAUCACUACUUUUCUUCAUCAUCAUGGUGUUGAAGAAAAUUUAAAACUUCCGUGGUUUGCCAAUGACCAAUGGAACUACGUCGUUGGUAAUCUUUCUUCCGUGGAUCGUGACUAUGGUAUCCUUCAUGACGUCACACAUUCUAUUGGUACACAUCAAGUUCAUCAUUUAUUUCCGGCGAUUCCACAUUAUUAUCUUAAGGAAGCUACUACCUCAUUCCGAAAACGUUAUCCUCAAUUCAAACGUGAAUCCAAUGAACCAAUUUUUAAAACUUUUAUUAAUACAUUCACCGUAUGGAAAGGACAAUUUAUUAUCUCUGAUGAUACGAAAGUUUUCGUUUAUAAAAAUAAAAAGGAAGGAAGGAAACAGAA